AUGCGUCGUCAAAAUGAAAAUAAUGAUAAUAGAUAUUAUGCUUAUUUACCUCCAACAGGUUCACCAUCAUCUCGAAAUCCUUCUUCAAAUAGUAUAAAUCGAAACGCACAUUAUCAAUAUUAUGAUCCUCGUUUACGUACUCGACAACAAGCACAACAAAACCUUUAUGAAAUGCAAUAUUCAAGUACAAGUCCUAAUCGAAGUCCAGCUACUUUAUAUGGUUCACCACGUAAUCGAUAUUCUUAUCAACCACCAUCAUUUCUUCAAGAUAUACCAUCAUCAUCAAUAAAUACGAUUGCUGAUUUAGGUGAACCAAUAUCUAUAUUUGAUGAUAUUAAACCAUUAGAACAACGACGAGCAAUUGUUGCUCCACCUUUAUCAUCAACAUAUGUACCACCAAAUCCAAGUCAACGUCCAUCUGUAAGUGAUGUUCGUAUUGAAACGGCACAUGUUUUGCGAGAACAAUUAUUAACUGAUAUUGAACGUACAAUGAAUGAUAUUGAUCGAGACUUAACUUCACUUGAACGACGACCUUCGGUACAACGUUAUAUACCACCUCGUUUUUCACCUAUUAUAGAAUUAGAUACUCUAGAUCAGAACCUCUUUCGACAAACAACAAAAGCUAUUAAACCAGUUAGUGUACCAGUGAAAAAACCUAUUCCAAUAAUAACUUCACCAAUGAAUAAAAAAAUUCAACAAACAUCAGCACAUUCAACAACAACAAGAACAAUAGAAAGAAAUAGUGUUACUAGUAGUCAAAUAUGGCCAAAUAAACCAAAACGAAUUUAUGAAGUUAUACCUAGUUUAACAAGUGAUUCAAGAAAAGCAUCAAGACAAUCAUCUGUUGGUGCACCAUAUGAACAAAUUAAAAUAACUGAAAUACAAUCACCACAAUCAUCACCAAAACUAAUUGAGAAAAAUGUUUCAUCAUCAAAACUUCAAUUACGUGGUCAAUAUCAUUAUCCACCAGAAGCUGAAGAAACCGAAAUACUUUCAAAUGAUCCAGAAAAUAUUGAUCAUAAAUCUAUCUUAAAUGAAAUGCAAGAAACAAGUCCUUAUGAAACAUUAAAUACCGAUCAAUUUCUUCGUGCUGUGUCUAAUCCACCUGAAAGUCGAGCGAUGAUUUUUGUUCCAGAAUUUAGUGGUAAUAGUCAAAUAGGAUAUAAUGAAUCCGUUGAAGAUUUAAUUCAACCUGAUCAAAUCGAUAAUAAAAAUGCUGCUCGACCAUUAACAGUUGAUUCUUUCCAUGAUAUAAGAACAACUAAAGAAUUAACUAUUCAAGAUUCUCAAUCACUUAUUCAAAGAGCACCAGAAGAAGUUCAAAACGAACCUGAGCUUAAAUCACAAAAUAUAAUUAUUCCUCAUGAAAUACAUCAUGUAACUGAAAUUGAUUUAGAAAAUCAAAUUAAUCCAAUUAUUUCAAAACCUAUUCAACAUCGACGUCCAUCAACAAAAGCUUCAAGAACAACUCCAAUUAUUACUGAUGAUCUCCAUGAAAAAUCGUCUUCAUUACAAAUGCCAACAAUUGACUCUAUUGCUGUUGCUGCUUCAUCUUCUUCUCCUCAUCCUCCUCCUUCUCCGCCUCCUUCUUCACCUCCCCCUCCUCCUCCUGCAGAUAGCAAUGCUGAUGGUCGUGUUCCUUAUUUCUUUAGUGAUUUUGGAAAUGAAGGUGAAGGUGAAGAAGAUCUAAUACCAAUUGAUCAAAGUAAUUUUGAUAUACCAACUGGUACAGAUGUCAUUGCUGAUGAUAGUACCAAUAAUAGCUUAAUGGGACAAUCUCAAGCAUCACUAUUACAUUUACAUUCAGCGCACGUGCUACAUCAGCAGCAGGAGCAACAACAACAACAACAACAACUUACCUCGGCAAUGUCGUCAAAUAUAAAGAAUAACAAUGAGCAUAGAAAAGUAGAAGAAAAUGAAGAAAUAGAAAGCAAAGAAACGGAUGCAACGAACAAACGUAUAACAACUACUACUUCAGUUUUACCGUCGCCGUCUCUGUCACCGAAAAAAAUCUUACCUUCUUCCAUUAUUGACGACAUGCAAACGCAAUUUGCUAGAAACAACAGUACAAGUAACGACGAUCAUCAUCGACAACCGUCAACUAAAAUGGCCAACACAGAUGCAGUCGAUUCAAAUAUCGACGAACAAGAAAAACGUUCAAAUAGUUCACAAAUUCGUCUUCGUUCAUCAUCAUCAGCAAAAUCUUAUCAAGUGCAUUCUCGUAUUCAAUCAGCAACAUCCGAAAAACAUGAAGACGAACAAAUCAAAAAUAAUAAUGAAGAAACACAUAGUUUAUCAUCAUCACGUCAUACUACUCCAUUAAAAAGUAUCGAUAAUGAACAUAUUGAAACACUUGAAAGAAUUGAUUCUGUUAAUCAACGAUUAAAAUCUUCAUCGAGAGCAUUAUCACGUAGUCUAUCUAGAACUUCGAGUCAUACAAAAAAUGAUGAAGAAAUAACACGUGUUGAUUCUGCAAGAAAAAUUUCAUCAAAUAAUCUCAGUCGAGAAAAUUCAUCUACUAGUUCAAGAACAAUAUCUCGUCCACCAUCGAAGGCCCCUAGUGAACAAUCUCAUACAAGUCAACGAAGACCCGCUUCAUUACGUCCUUUGUCUAAUAAUGAUGAUCUAAGUCAAUUAGUUAAUUCACAUGAUCAUGUGAAUAAAAUACCAACAAAUGAAAAUGAACCAAAUGCAUUUUCAGCUGAAAGUGAACAUUUUCUUCACAAUGAACAACAAACACCAUAUGAUCUUAAUCAACGAAUACCAAGUAAUUAUUCAAUAUCUAAUCCAAGUGAAUCUCGUCGAAGUUCAACAGCAAGUUUAACACUUCCUGUUACACUCAAUUCACCUGAUCAUGAAGAUAAUCAACCAAAAACAUCACGAACAACGACACCCAAGAAAAAACAUUCUGUUUCUUCAAUUGAUGUACCAUCCGAUCCAAAUGUACUUCUUACAACAACUGAUGAUCCUGAUCCCAAUGAUCCAUCAAUAAUAAAUAGUACAAUGCAUUUACAAAUCUUAUCAUCUCAACAACCAAAUACUGAUAUAUCUACUGCAGAACCUAAUGAACCUAGUCCAUUAGAAAAUAUUGUAUCAUUACAAGAAUUUCCAAGUCGUAUUCAAUCUGCUGAAUUACCCACUGAAGAAAACUUACGUAAAUCUUCAUCUGGUAUACGUCGCAGUCCAUCAGCUGAAAUUGAACUUGUACCUAAUAAUGAAUUACCGCCAGUAUCACGGGAAAAUAGUAUUCGUCUUCAAUCUGUUUCGCCAUCAAAUCAUCAACAAGAGGAAUUAUUACAUCAAACAUCUUCACCAUCUAACCUUGAACAUCAACAAGAGGAAUUAUUACAUCAAACACCUUCACCAUCUAAUAUUGAACAUCAACAAGAGGAAUUAUUACAUCAAACACCCUCACCAUCUAACCUUGCACAUCAACAAGAGGAAUUAUUACAUCAAACACCUUCACCAUCUAAUAUUGAACAUCAACAAGAGGAAUUAUUACAUCAAACACCUUCACCAUCUAAUAUGGAACAUCAACAAGAGGAAUUAUUACAUCAAACACCCUCACCAUAUAACCUUGAACAUCAACAAGAGAAAUUAUUACAUCAAACACCUUCACCAUCUAAUAUGGAACAUCAACAAGAGGAAUUAUCACAUCAAACACCUUCACCCUCUAACAUUGGAUAUCAACAAGAAUUAUUAAUUCAAAGUCCUUUACUUUCUUAUCCAAAAACUCUUGAAGAUUUAAAGCGUUCAACUUCUCCACCACUUCUGUCACCAAAUGAGCAUCAACAACAAGAACAAGAUGAAAGUAACCGAUUACCAACAGUAUCAACACCAAUUAAUGAAAUAACAACAAAUAAUUAUCAUCACAUAGAACAAAAUUCACCUGAUAAAUUAGAACAUAAUGAUAGACAUUCACAAUUAAGCUCACCACGUCGUAGUGUAUUAUCCAAUACUAAUCAUACAUCUGUUGAAGGUGAUGAUACAUAUCGACAACAAUUAGAUACACCAUCAAUAUCUCCUCAAAAUGAAAGAAUUGUAUCUUCUGAUAAAGAUGAAAAUAUUCAUAAUAAUCAAUAUGAAAUUCCAAAACAAAAUUUAAUAUCAACACCAAUAAAACAAAUACGUCCUAAUGAAAAUCAACGAUAUCCAUCAUCAGAAAAAUCAAAUUCACCACUGCAUGUUGAAUAUCAACAACAUAAUGAUGAUCAUUUAUAUCGAAAUGAUAUUCAACUUAAUUCAGCAACAAUUAAAUUUACUAAAAAUCAUUCUGUACAUUCAUCGUCAUCACAAAUUCGACCAACAUCUAAUGAAGAAGAUUUUCCAUCAAUGACACCAAGUCAAUUACAUUCAAAAUUAUCACUUCGAGUACGAAAAAAAAAAUCAAAACGAAAAAAAUCAAUUGAUGAUCAACAACCAUCAUCACCACAAAUCGAUACAGCUGAUAUGAAUGCAAUGAAUAAUGAUGAUGAUAUUUUGGAAAAAAAACCAAAGCAACGACAACGUCGACGAGUAUCAUUUUCAAGUAGUAUUGCACAUUAUCACAUGGAAGAACGACAACUUUUAACAAAUUGGCGUGAACGUGUUGCUGCUAUUUUAUCAAGCAAACAUCGUUCAAAUGAAAAAUAUGCUCAUGUACAAUCACGUGUUAAUUCAUUUGGUAAUUUUGAAUAUCAACCAAAAAAAAUCAAAAUUAUACCUGUUAAAAUAUUACCACCAAAAAUAAAAAAACCAAAACCUAGACCAGUGAUAUCCACUGAAGAGCAAACUGAUGAUGAACAACAACAACCAAUUCAGUCAGCAAAACCGGCACCUCAGUUAUUCGGGCGACUUUGGUGCCUACCCGAUGGAAGUCCGACAGUUUUUCAUGAAUCUCUCGAAUGGAAUGUUGCAUCAAGAUUGAGAAGUUAUUCAUAUGAAAAUCUUUAUUAUGAACCACAUCGAAGUGAAUUUAAAAUUUUUAAUAAAAAACCCAAAUGGCAUAGUGAAUCGAAAUUAGGAGAACUUCUAAAAGAACAUCAGCGUUUUCCUCAUCGACAACAUCUUAUUCCAACUAAUUCAUUACCAAUAAUACCUGAUAGAGGUGAACCAUAUUUUUAUCAACAAUCAAAUUUAGAACCUGGAAUGGAAAGAAAAAUUUUUGAUAUACACACUAAUAUUCAACAAUUAGAUCUAAGAUUACAACAGAAUUUUACAGAUAAUCUAUCACAUAGAUCUUAUGGAUCAAGACCUUCGGAGAUACUUAUUUUUAAUGAAAAACCUGUAUGGACAGGAAAGUCAAAAAUAAAAGAUACAACAUGGCAAAAUAUAAAUUAUCAACCAAAAAAAUCCAAAGUUCAAAUUUUUCAUAAAUCAGUUCGUUGGAAUGGUGAACCAAAAAUUCGAACACAUUCACCAUCAACAAUUUAUCCAUCAGGAACAUCAAUGAGUCAUGUCCAAAUAUUUGAUGAAAAAUUGAAUUGGGAUGCUCAAGCAAAAGUACAUUGUUGGUCUGAAGUUGAUCUUCGUCAAUUAACAAAAAAGAAAGCAAUUUUUGCACAACAUCAUGAUCCAAAAUGGAAUGAUAUUGUAACGCCUCGUGUUGAUGCAACUAAUUAUAAUUAUUCAAAACUUUCAAAUCCUGUUGAAAUUUUCUCCGAUAGACUUGCAUGGACAAAGGAUUCAGAAUUAAAAGAUUAUGUUUGGGAAAAUUUUGAUUAUAAAUCACAUCCACGAACUCGACAGGUAAUCAUUAAUAAACAAACAAAAAAGAAACAACAUGGUUGCUAA